GAGACCUUUUGUGAGCAGCCACAGACAAAAGAAAUGGAGUGUGGUGUUGAAAGGGACCCUAGCUAUAGCCAGGUCCCUGAGUUUGUUCCUGAAAACGUUAAAAGCAAAGGUAAGUGUAAAAUCAGAGAGAAAAAGACUGUUAAAAAAGCAAGAACAGGAAAAAAGAAAACAACUGCAAUUAAAACCAAUACAGCAAGUAGUCCCGACAGAUCUCAAGGUGAAGAGUGUGCUCAAAAUGCACAGAAGCUUCUUCAGCCAAAUGUUGCAACAUGUUCUAGUGAGAUUGAAGUCUGUGAGAUGGGGCAGAAGGCAUGUGAGGGGGCUUUUGACAAGAGGAAAAGAGAUUGUGGUGUGGAGCGCCAUUCCCACUCUCCUGAUGGAGUCCAAGACUUUGGAAGUACAUGUGAGGUGAACCCAGCACAGCUGCAGAGUCUUGAAAGUGUUGACUUAAUGCAGCAGGUUAAGAAGGGACCUAUCUUUGAGAUGCAAAGUAUGGAGAGCUUGCUAAAACCCCCAGUUCAUACCUUCUCAAGUCAAGAAAUUCCCUCAGGUGAUUCCAGUCUACAGAAUUCACUUUUCUUGAGGAAAGAGACCUCCAGUGCCUGUGCUUUGCAAGAGGAGCCAAGUGUGAUCAGAUAG